UUUUAAGUUCCUUUUAAUUUCGUUUAUAAUUCAUAUACGAAUGCCGAUAGAUAGGCGGAGUCUUGCCAGAAGUAUCUUCAAUCCGUGGUUACUUUAUUACACACGAAAGAGAGAUCCAUUGUCAUUCGUCUCGUACGCAGGAAUUGUAAUAGGUACAGGAAAUUAAUAGAUAAUUUAGGUGAUAAAUGAAGCGACAAGUAAACCUUUAUUUACGCCAUCAACGUUCAUCUUUCUUAUCGUAAUGCUAAUUUACUCGUGCUAUAAAAGUCUUUAUGUAGAGUAUGUUUUGACGAGAGUAUUAGUGUCGGUCCACGAUAAGGCUUUCAAGCCUUACACCGUAGGAUAUUGGCCAAUUGCAAUCAAUUAUUUUCCUCAUAUUCGACUACGAUUGGUCUAUUUCUUACUGCUUAGGGGUUAAAAUCCUUACUGUGGACCGACACUUAAGAUCAAUCUACAAUGAGAGUAGUAAUUCGUAAGAAAUUAAUCAAUCACAGUCAAUUAUUCUUCUCAUAUUCGACUGUAAUUGGUCAGUUUCUUAUACGGCUUAUGAUUUACUACUCUCAUUGUAGAUGGACCUUUACAUUGUAUUACGAACGUUAUUACGAUUAGGAUAUGUAUAGCGAGUGUCUUCGUUAAUUCGUGCCGGCACAUCGGGAACACCGUGCACGCCCACGUCACGUCGGUCGGUCGUGGACGAGCGUGAACGCGCGAGGGUCCGCUCGCGAGUUGCUCGCGCGAGUCGUUCCUCGACCGUUCGCGGCGACGCAUCCCUUGCGAGAAAGAGAGAAAGAGUGGAAAAGAGAGAGAAGGAGAAACUGAUCAGAUGGAGCCUCUUUGGGAAUCGCACGGCCGUCAAAUAAACGAGGCUGGCUUGCGAAGAGGGGCAGACACCAGCGUCGUCCUAACCGAAGACACAGACAGCUUUAAGAUUGGGGACCGAGUAUGGGUUGGCGGCACGAAACCGGGCACGAUCGCUUAUAUCGGCGAGACCAAAUUCGCUCCUGGGGACUGGGCAGGAGUCGUCUUGGACGAGCCCAUCGGGAAGAACGACGGUUCAGUGGCGGGUAGCCGAUACUUCCAAUGCGAGACGAAGAGAGGGAUCUUCUCGAGGCUCACCAGACUCACCAGGUUGCCGUUGAGCGAUCAUCAGACGAGCGCUAUCAUGUCGCCGAUGACGCCGCCCGACAGCAGCAGGGGCGGCUUCCUCAGCAAAUCCAUGUCGUCGUCAUUGAAUACAUCGACGACAAGCCUGUCGUCCACCACGCCGAGGGGCGAGCUGAGGAUAGGUGAGCGGGUGAUAGUGUCGUCGAGCCAGGGCAGCAAAACCGGUGUGCUCAGAUAUCAGGGCUCCACGGAGUUCGCUGGGGGCGAAUGGUGCGGCGUCGAGCUGGACGAGCCGCUCGGCAAGAAUGACGGCUCCGUUAAUGAUAAAAGAUAUUUCGAGUGCGCCCCAAAGUACGGCCUGUUUGCGCCCGUGCACAAGAUCAGCAGGUCGCCGUCCAACAAGAGGCCGUCCAUAUGCGUGGUGCACAAGCCGAGCGGCGCCGCUCUCAAUGCCAGCCUCCAGAAGAGGAGCGGCUCGCGCGAGUCGCUCGCCUCCAGCCUCGCGUCGAGCGUCGUCAGCGUGAGCGCGAGAACGUGCACGGCGAGCACCACGGCGAGGAGGCCUGGCAUGCGCACGUCGACACCUGCACGAAGUUCAUUGCAGGAGGUUUUGAAGGAGAAGCAGCAGGAGAUCGAGCUCCUGCGCAAGGAGCGGGACUUGGAACGCGAAAGAGUCACCAAGGCGGCAAAUCAAGCUGAUCAAGCGGAACAAUCGGCGCUUUCGAUCAAGCAAGAAUAUGAGAAGUAUCGCGAGCAGAUGCAGCAGACGGUCAGCGAGGCGGAGCUCACCGUCGCCAAGCUCCUCGACGAGAAGAGUGCGUUGGCGGUGCAGUUGGAAGAUGAGAAACGGAAGUGCGAGGAUCUUCUGUUUCGUUUCGAGGAAGAAUCCGUGAAUAAAGACGACAUACAGAAAGAGAGAUCUGAGCAAAGUGUCAUAAAUACUGUAAAUGAAAGCAGGAUCAAAGAGCUCGAGGAUAAACUCGCGGAGGAGCGACGGGAGCGCGUCGUACAGACGGAACGCGACAGCAUCAAACUCUUCGAGGCCGAAGAGGAAUUGUCGCGGCUGCGUAACGAGAUCAGUUGCGCGACGAACUCGCAAAACUCUCAGCUUCAAGGCGGAAUUUUAGAUCUGGAGAGCCGUAAUCAGAGCUUGGAGGAGAUUAAGACCAGUCUGGAGAAGGAGGUGCAGGAGAAAUCGAGUCUGGUGGGCGAAUGCGUGGAGCGUAUCCGGGAACUGGAGCUUGUGCUGAGCAAGACGCAACAGGAGAGCACGACGCACAGGGAGUCUCAAAGCCUCCUGGAGAAAGAACUGGGGGCCGUCAAAGAAAACUUGCAGGACAAAGAGACGUUAAUAGAGAAUAUGAAGCAGGAGUUUGAGAGAAAUGCGAGUGUGUUGAGCGAGGAGCUCCGAAAAUCGAAGGAGACGAUCGAAACGAUGAAGAAAGAAAGCGCAAGUGAGAAGGACUCGCUGCUGUCGGAGUAUCGGCAGAUGAUCGAGGAGAGAGAUCGAUUGAUCAAAGCGAAGACCGAGGAAUUGGAGAACGAGUCCAAGAAGCUGUUAGAGCAGCAGAAUGCGAUUCUAGAGGGCUUGAAGACCGAGAAUGUUAACCGUAUCCGUGAACUUUCGGAGUCUUUUGAGCAACAGUUGCGAGUGAAAGACACGAGAAUCGAGGAGUUCUCGCAGCAGCUUGGUGAAAAGAUAUCCGAGACAGAGAGACUGCUGGCCGAAUUGGCCGCUGAGCGAGAACUUUGCAAGAAGAAAGACGAAGAAUUGAUUAACGCUCUACGAAAAUUGGAAGAACUAAGUACGAGGCUUAAAUUAGCUGAGGACAGCAACAGCGUGUUGUCAAAACAAAUUCAAGACUACAGGUCCAAGAGUGAUGACAAUAUCAAGAUUAUUCACGAGAAGCAGAAGCUGGAGCAAGAUCUAGUUAGCUUAAUCGCUUCGGAGGAGGAGUCCGCCGCGCGGUUAAACAAACUGAGCGAGGAACUGAAAGUGAAGGACAAGGAGCUCACAGAAUUGCGAAGUGCCACUAUGGCUCAAAUAGAAGAGAUAACCAAACGCUUCGAGGCCCAAAUUAAUGACAAAGUCAAGUAUAUUGAUCAGAUAAACGCGGACGUUGCGCAAAAAGCCCUAAUGCUCGUUAAGUUGGAUAAAGACGUCGCCGAUUUGAAGGCGAUUAUAGCGAGCAAAGAUGAAGAGAUCAAACAUCUUCUCGAGAAGACUUCAGAAUUGCAAGACGCCCUCACAUUAUCCGAGCAAACGACAACGAAUUUGGAGAGCGAACUUCGCGUAUUCGAGUCGAACGUGCAGAAGUUGAAUCAGCAAGUCGCGAGGGCGGAGGAGAAAGUAUCGCAACUCUCGUUGCAGAAGGAAAAAUUGGAGUCCGAUAUAGCGAGCGCGAUUAGCACUUCCGCCGAUUCGUCGGAACAGCUGUCGAGGUACAACGAGGACUUGCGAAGAAAGGAGAAGGAAUUGGACGAAGCUCGCGAGAAGAUUUUUCAAACGGAGACCACGCUGAAGCAAACGGAGGGAAAACUGUCCAAUACCGAGACGGAAUUAAAUAAGAACGUGACGUUAGUCGAGCAACUGCGUUCGGAGAAAUCGAAUUUGCAGUCGCAGAUGGACGAGACUAAAAAAUCGAAUGCAGAUUAUGCGGAGAAGAUACGCGGAUACGAACAGGAAAAGAGCGAAUUGUCGGCGAAGGUUGAAGAAGGUGAACGCGCAAAGAAGAAUUUGGUGGAAAAGUCUGACGAAGUCAUCAACCUUACGCAGCAAUUGACGAGGAAGGAUGAAGAAAUCGUUAAUCUUCGCGGGAAGUGCGAGACCUUGCGAAAUUCUCGCCAAGAAGAGUCUUCCUUGAUGCAGAAAAAAAUUACGGAUUUGUCGGCCGAAUUGUCGACUUCGCGCGAUGAAAUAAAUAAUUUGCAAAAGUGCAAGAGCAAACUGGAGGCCGAUCAAAGCGCGAAUCUUUGGUCGAUCGAGGAAUUGACGGAGAAGUUGAAAUCCGAGUCGGACAAAACGUCGAAGCUGGAGAGUGUGCUCCGGGAGAAGGAGUCGAAGCUUCAGGAUGUGGAAAAUAGAUUUUCGGAAUUACGGAGAGUGCACGAUGCCUUAGUUAACGAUAAAGCGACUGCCGAUAAGACUCUAACGACGUCUUUAAAUACUAUGUCUAGUACGGUAGAAGAGUUUAAGACCAAAUUGAAGGAUGCCGAAGAAACAAUUAAAGAUAAGAUGGACGAAAUAUCUAAAGCGAGAGCGGCGGCAGACAAAUCGCAGGCUCAGUUAGCCGAAUUGAAUGCUACAGUCUCUUCCAUGAAAGAGGAGCAUAUUCGUAAUAGUAAUGAAUUGAAAAAUGCACAAGAGGCGAUCACGCAGAAACAAAGUAAAAUAAGUGAAUUGUCCGAGACCAAGACUGUUUUGGAGAACUCAGUGAAGUCACUGGAGACUCAGUUAUCGAAUUUGCACGAGGAGUUAGACAAAAGAGAGAAGCUGCGGACAGAAGCAGAGGUUAAGAUAAAGGAAUCAGAGUCUUCCAAGGAGGAAGAAAUGCUGAAACUACGGAAUUCCUUGGAAUGCGAAGUUGCAGCUAAGCAGAAGAUGAUUGACGACAUGAAUAAGCGAAAUGAAGAGUUAGAGACCAAGUUGCGAUUAUCGCAUGAUGUUGCGGACAAGCACAAAAUCGAUUUAGACGAUAAGGAAGCUGUUAUUAGUAAAUUAAAGGAGCAGGUGAAAGUUUUGGAAGAUGCGCAAGUGGAGAGAGUCAAGGCGGAACAGCAGUCGCGAAACGAAGAGAUCAAGUUGAAGCAGAAUGAGUUGAGCGGCGCGAACAAGCGAAUCCACGAGCUGCAGCACACGGUGAAUGCGCUCGAGAAGCAGUUACGAGAACAGGAAACGAAGUCGGCCGAUCUGGCGAGAACCAUGGAGACCAACGAGAAAGAGGUGAGCAAGAACGUGCAAAACCUGCAGGAGAGGCUGAACGUCGCCAAGGUGGAGGAGACGCGACUUCUGGACGAGCUGAGUCGGCUGGAGAAAGAGAAUAAGCAGGUCACCGCGAAAUGGCUGGAGGCGACGAAUCAGUUGAAGCUAUCGCACGAAAAUCUGAAGAACUCUUACGACGGCGACACGAAACAACAGCACAUCGUGCCGAGGGACAUCGACGUUGCGAAGCUGCAAGAGGAGAACGACACCGCGAAGAGCCAGAUAGACUUCUUGAACUCCGUGAUAGUCGACAUGCAACGGAAGAACGAGAAUUUGCUGUGCAAGAUCGAGGUCCUCGAGAUGGGGGUCCCCGCGAACGAGGCCGAGGACUACUCCCGAAGCACGCUGGACAAGCGAACGGCGGCACCCCGUAUGUUCUGUGAUAUUUGCGAUCAGUUCGAUCUGCACGAGACGGAGGACUGUCCCCGGCAGGCCCAGGAUUUCACGGAGACUACCGAGCGAGCGGUGAAAACCCCGAAGAAGAAGCAAUCCGUGGAGAGGCCGUACUGCGAGAACUGUGAGAUGUUCGGGCACGACACGCGCGACUGUGACGACGCCGAGACAUUUUAACGUUACGUCCAUAGCCCUGUUCCGUUUGCUUGCCAAGCGUCCCGUAGCUGUAAAGAGAUCUGUUAGAUUUUACAGAGUAUAUUUUUGUAUGCCAGAUUUUUCGAUUGGAUCUUAAAUCCGAACAUGAGUCUUCCCGCGUAAAACGGGCGUACCCGAGAAGCAGAGAAAUUUAUGUUCCCUCCAAAUCGCAAUUUAAUUAGGUAAUCCUCUGUGAAAGUUUUCGGCAACAUGUAUUAUCUUUAUGUUAUUUUCUGUCAGUUUUACUGUAGUAGAUUUAUUAACUUAUUUUUAGCAUCAUAAAAUAUUGACUUGAUUAUAAAUUUAAUUAUUUAUAAUUAUAUUAGUCUUUUUU